AUGUCGAAUCAACCAACAAACCAAGGCCAUUGGGAAUCACAUCAAUAUCAAUCGAGUUCAAGUAAAAUUGGUAAUAAUCCAGCAACAGUUACUGGUAACGAAGCAUCGGCUGAAGGAACUUUUGAUCAUGGCAAACCAGUGGUAAUUGAUUCUCAUGCAACUUCAUUCACUAAUCAAGGUCAUCCAGAUAGAAUUGAAUACAAAGAUGAAAGUGGCAAUCAACAACGAAGUAUUAAAUAA